AUGAUGGGCCCUCCCCCAAUUGCCUGGGGAGUUGAGGCAACUCGUCCGUCCUUCUCCCACAUCCCGAUGAACGACUCCCAGCGCAAUGUCGGAGCCCGCGGAACACAGAAGACCUGCGGAAACUGCCGAAAAAUCGGGCGAGCUCGUCAUUCAAGGCCAUCCCAGGCCUACAUCAUCGCACAUGAUGCAGCAGCAAUCUGCAUCAAGAACCUUGCAGAAAAUACCUCAACCCUAGCCUAUCGCAAGCUAUCGACAGACGGUGGUAAAUCCAGAGGUGACAUCCAAGCCACAUGGAGCAUGAAAAGAGGGGACUGGGGCAAGAACGGGGCGCUCUAA